AUGGCGACCCGACGCAUUGUCGCCUCGGAGAAGACUAUCCUCGAGAAGGACGAUGUGGUCGGAUCCAGCCCCGCCGCUGGCGAUAAGUCCAACAUCACACCCGCCGUGCCGACGGACGUCAUCCUGAAACUCCUUGGAUUCACCUUCGCCAUGAUUGUUUUGCCUAUCGGCACCUACUUUGCUACGGUGGACUUCCUCUUCAAGGGCAACUCGACAUUUGCUGGAGCCCUGGCCGCCGUCAUGGCCAAUGUGGUCCUGAUCAGCUAUGUCAUCGUUGCCAUGAAGGAGGACCAGAGCGAUCAGCUAGAAGCUAAGAAGGAAGCGAAGAAGGAUCGCUGA